AUUUGGUGCUUAUGAUGAAAAUAUCCAUGAGAAUUUUAUGCAGUAUUUUAGUUUAUAAUUUUUGGUAUUUAUUUUGUACAAUAAGGGCGUCAGAAAAUUCAACAGAAACUAAUUUAAAAGGUCGAAUUGUGAGUGGUGAUGAAGCAUCCCCUGGUCAAUUUCCAUACCAGAUAGUACUUUUUUUAAAUGGAGCACAGCAUUGUGGAGGGACAAUAAUUGAUGCUAAUCAUGUAGUUACCGCUGCUCAUUGUUUGUUUCAUCAUGGUGAUCCAAUUAAACCGUACGAGUUAUUAAUUAAAGCUGGUCAUAUAUCAUUAAAUAAUGAAACCAUUCAAGAGUAUCCUGUUAUUAAGGUGAUCACACAUAAGAAAUUUAAGUCAAAAAUUUUUCUAAACGAUAUUGGAAUACUGCAAGUAGGAAUUCGAUUUCAACUGGAAAAUGGUGUGUUAGAAGCGGUAGCUUUAGAACGAAAUACAAUCGCUGAUGGAACAACAUGUUUGGUAUCGGGAUGGGGAAUUCAAAAGCAGAAUACAACGAUUAUGCCGGAAACAUUACAUUAUGCCGAAGUACAAAUAAUUAAUCGUAAAAAAUGUAACACCAUGUACGGAGAUUACAUGAAAAUUUAUAAGGAAAUGCUGUGUGCAGCAAAUGAAAAAAAUUUUGCAGAUGCUUGUGAUGGUGAUUCUGGAGGACCUCUAGUUUGUGCCAAUAAAUUAGUAGGUAUAGUCUCAUGUGGUCUUGGAUGCGGUUUACCUCCAUAUCCUGGAGUGUAUACUAAUGUUGCGAAGUACCAUAGUUGGAUUACAUCCAUCAUAGAUUAAAUCGAUAAUAUCUAAGGAAAUAUUGUUGGAAAUCCAUGUCGAGAAUGUCUAGGUUUUUUAAAUAGCUAUUUAGGUGUAGAGCAUAAUUUGUCCUUUGGCUUAAAUUUUACUAGUAAAGUUUUG